UCUGGGGAGGCGGCCGCUGCAGAGGGGCGGGGUGCCGGACUGGGUAGCCCCUUCCUCCCCUCUCUCUCCCUGGUGCCGCUGGGACUAGGGCGGGGCAGAGCCAGGAGGAUCGGACACGGGCCGAGGGAAUUCGAGCUUCGCAGAUCCUGGAGCAGUGUCUCCUAAAAUGUAGCAAAGUGGGGCCUUAACUUCACUGGGAAUUUGCACCGAUUCCAGCAAUUGAUGAACCAGCCAUCCACCAAUAUAGCUUGGAGUUGGGUUUGCUUGCUUGGCAGCAAUUGAGUGUACGGGUCUCCUUGUCAUGGCAACCAUUGUCCCGGAAAAACUUACCCGCCUUUUCAUUAAUGUGCAGCAGCUUUGGCAGGUCCCCAGGCUGCUGGAAAUGGCGUUCCCCUCGCCUCCCUGCACUGUGGGCACCUCAGAUGUGCCUAAGGUCUUCUGGAAACCCUACAUUCACACCGGCUACAGACCCCUCAACCGGACCUGGAAGUAUUACUUCUUGACGCUUUUCCAGCAGCACAACGAAGCUGUCAACGUCUGGACUCACCUCGUGGCAGCUCUGAUCCUGCUUCUGAGGUUCCAGCGGCUUUCCCAGACGGUGGAUUUUGUGAGCGAUCCUCAUGCCCAUCCCCUGUUCAUCAUUGUCAUUGCUUCUAUCACCUACCUAACCUUCAGCUCCCUGGCUCACCUCCUCCAGGCCAAAUCAGAGUUCUGGCAUUAUAGCUUUUUUUUCAUGGACUAUGUGGGAGUAGCCAUUUACCAGUACAGCAGUGCCUUGGUGCAUUAUUACUAUACCAUUGAGCCAGACUGGCAUGCAAGGAUCAUGGGGUUUUACAUGCCAGGAGCUGUUUUGCUAGCGUGGUUAUCCUGUGUAGGUUCCUGUUAUGCUAAAUAUAGAUACCACCAACUUCCUCGCCAUCUGAGCAGGCUGUGUCAGGAAAUGCCCUUGGGCCUGGCGUAUGCGCUAGAUAUUAGCCCAGUAAUUCACCGGCUCUAUACAGCUCAGCCCUCCGAGCAGGCGGAUCCAGCCCUUUUAUACCACAAAUGCCAGGUGUUGUUUUUCCUUAUCGGUGCUUUUUUCUUCUCAUACCCUUAUCCAGAGAAAUGGUUUCCUGGGAAAUGUCACUUCUUUGGGCAGGGGCAUCAGAUCUUCCACGUGUUUCUGGUGCUGUGCACCCUGGCCCAGGUGCAGGCGGUGGCUCUGGACUAUGAGUCAAGAAGGGAGAUUUACACCAGUCUGCACGGUGACCAGACUCACAAUUUCUCUGCCCUGUGCUUCUUCACCAUAGCCUGCUGCCUCCUCACUGCCGCUUACAUGACCAGCAAAGUGAAGUGCAAACUGAACUGCAAAGGAGAAUGAAAGCUGUGGAGGGGAAGCUCCCGAUCUCUCCGAACCUGGCUGUUUGAGGGGAUGCCACCAUAACCAUCUGGCUGUGGACUGUAUUUUAAAGAGUGAUGGAAUGCUUGGAAAUGUGCUAUUGUUAAGUGAUCUGCAAAGGGAAAAUGCUGGGAGUUUGUGCUCUUUGGGGUUUUUUAUGAUGUAUAAAGAAGACCUGCAAAGGUGUAUGUGUGUAUAAGUGUUAAAACAUUUUCUUUUUCUACUUAUUUUCUGCCUUAGAAAUUCAGGUCCUGUCUUUAAAAGGCCUCAAUGAAGAGCUGGGAGCAACGCUCUCUUUGCUAAACAUGCCUCCUGCUGUCCUGGCAUCUAUGGGCUGAGAAAGCUGACUUGCACAGCUGAGAUCCUAAGUGAGUCUUCUAGCAAAACCAGGAGUGGCCAGCUCUGACAUUCCUGAUAUUUCUCAGGCAGAAGUUAAGACAGAAAAAACAAGUCCAGCUUGUCUUUACAUUUUGCAGAGAAGCAAACAAGGGGACAAGACAAACAUUUUUUUUCUGCUCAGGUCACUUUAUAUAGCACAGUAACUUUACAUGGCACUUUACACACAGAGAAAGACAUGUGGCCUGCCCUUAUCAUCUAAAUAAGACAAGAUACACUGAAGACAAGGCCCUGUCAGGAGAGAGGAGGAGGUUAUCAGUAAUGAUGAAGAGGAGAAGGGAGGAAGGAUAGCUGGAAGAAAUGGGUUUCUAAGUGGGAUCUGAAGGAGGAAAGAGGCCAGUAGGCCACUGAGAAGAGGGAAGCUUUGUCUAUACUGGCCCUGUACCCCUAAAAAUUCCUUCUGUUGCUACCACUGGUGCAGUUCCAUUGCAGGUAACAAUAAUGUGAGUGCUACUGUAAAGGAAAUACCGGUGUUUUAACCACUGUGUCUUGCAGACCUGAUCUGGGUGAUAAAAACACCGGUGGCCAGUCUAUACUACAGCUGCCACCACUGUCACUACACCAGCGUUGGCAACAGUGGUAAAGAGAGACACUCCUGUAAACAUAGCCAGAGUGUGUCCCAAGCACGGGGGCGCAUGAAUGCAGAGGUGAAUCUGCGGGUGGGAAAAGGAGCAGAAGGAAGGGGACAUGCGAGCAGUGAGAGAUAGGUGGGGGGCGAGAUUGGUGAGUACAAGGAGCCUAGAUUCGACGUGGCCAGAGAUGGGAAAGAUUCAAGAUUGGGGGCGGGGGGAGGCUGGGCUGAAGCAGCUGGAGUGUGGUGGAGGGCAGGAAGAUGACUUUAGCAGCAGCUUUGGGGACAGACUAGUGAGGAGAAGAUGAUUGUGUUCAAGGGAAGGGGGAUUUAGCUGGGGGUGUGGGCUGCAGCAGCUGGGAUAAUGAAAAAGGGCCAAUGUUAGUGAUGAAGCAGUGAUUGAGAUUUAGCAAGAAUUUGGCUAUGGAGGAGAAAGAAAGCCGAGGCAAAGAUGAUCCAAGAUUCUGGCCUGGGAGGUGGGAAGGACAGUGGGGGAGGUGGGGUGAACAGAAAAGUUUAAAACGACUGAUUUGAAUCUAGACUUAAUUUUGGUUCUAAAAUUGGUUCCAGUUCCUGCCAGGACCUGAUCUCAUUCCACCCCCUCCUCCCGGUUUCUCUUUCCUCUGGUGCCCUCACUGAUCUAGACUAAGGCCUUGUCCACAGUGACGAAAUUGACCAAGUCCUGAAAUGGCUUUCUCACUCUGUCCAGUCUGGAAGGGUUUCAGGAACCUGGCUACUUCGGCUGCUCCCGAAGAUGGUUUUCAAUAACCAGGGUAAACAAUAAAUGUUCUGCCCUGUCUAAGCUGGGCAGCAGCAGCCUACAAAGCAGGUUCACCUGAAACCGUUUUUAAGAGCGGUCAUGGAAAAACGGUUUCAGAAAGCUGUCAUUUCCAGGGGCCGGAGUCUGCUGCCAUGUAAAGAAUCCAGCUGCCUGAUCCGGUUGGCGUAGUGAGGGCUGCAGGAGGCAUCACAAACCUCUCAGGGCCUAAGUCAAAUCCCAGCAAGUCGACAGUAUUUUAAAUAAAUGCAUUGGCCAUAUGCAUAGUUCUUAAAGCGACACAAAUUUCAUUGGAGAGCUCUAAUGGCUAACGAGACAGCUUUGUAAAAAAGCAUCGCUGCGCUUACCGGACCAACUGACUUUAAGAUGCACAACUCACAUAUUUAAAGUUAUUGGAUCAGUGCAUUUCUGUUCUGCCAUUUUUACCUAAGCAAGGAGCCGGGAGCCGAUCCUGGGAGGUGCUGAACCCUUGCAGCCCCCAAUGGACUUUUCUGGCUCGGAUGCCAAACUCUUAUGUAAAGUGCUUUGAAGAUGAAAGACACUGUGUACAUGUUAACAAAUAUUAGAGAAUCAUAUAAUGAACAGGCGUCAGUGCCUCUCUCCUCUCCCUCUCCUUUCAAGUGGGAGAGGAGUAACUUCACCAGCUCUGUGUCCACAACUCAGUUGAAGGGUUCCUCUAUGUUCCUAAAAUCCUGAAGUGAGGGAAUUUCACACCAGCAUGAACAAUAUGGAGUUUGAACGAGCCAGUUGACUUCAGUUCUCCUUAAAGCUUGUCCUCUUGGUAGAUGAUGUUUUCUGAAUGUAAAUAUUUUAUUCCUCUAUUGAUACACAAAAAGCCUUAAGAUGUAGUUUGAAUUUUAGUUUAUCUUUACUUUAGUGGGGGAUUCAGGAUUUCGCUGCCCCUAAGAUUUUAGAAUGGCAACAAACUAACAUCCAUGUGUCUCCCAAACAUGGGGAAGGAUCCGGAUCUGAACUUCUCCAAUGUUUGGAUCUGGGAUUUUGAGUCAACUUGUGACAGGAAUCAAAGUCUCAAAGUCUGGAUCCGCUUUGGUUUGGACCAAUCUCUAGUUUGUUUAAACUAUUAAAAUAUUUUUAAUAUGUCA